ACCUUGACUUGAUGCGCCAGGAAGGGAUCCAAGGUGAGGUUUUCAGGGAGUUAUGGAGCGUCAUACCUCGCAGCAAUUGGUUUUAGCCUAAUUCUGGCUUGGAAUCAGAUCCCCUUUUGAUUCCGUAAUCUGGUUUUCAUUUGGUAACAUCCAGAAACAAAAUCUAGUUUAUGUCAAGUCAUGGAGCGCACCGCAUUGGCCCUGCAGCGUGUCCAUCUCUCACCGCGAGCAGCGCGUAAAAGCGAGUGGCUCCGGAGCGCCCUGGCCCAUCACUACUGUCCCGAUCCCGGCGUGGACAACGAAAUCGUCGUCCUGGCCACUGGAAUAGACCAGUACUUGCAGGAGAUCUUCCACCACCUGGCCUACCCCAACCGGAACGAUACGGUAUCGGCGGAGGACUUCACAGCGCUGUGCGCCGUGCUGGGGCUCACCGGAGCACAGAAAGGAAAGAGGACGAUAAAGGGAGGAACUGGAGAUGGAGAAAAAGACGAGGAAGAUGAAGACUUCAGUGAUGUGUGUUCUGGGCUGCCCUGCCAGCUGUCCUUUAAAGACUUCCACUUGCGGCUCUGUGGGUAUUUCCGUGUGCGCAGUGCGCGUCGGGGCACCGGGGAGUGUGCCUGGCGUCUGCCCGUUACUGAGGACACGGAGCUGGUGGAGAGACAGAUCCGGCUCCGGUGGCCGCGUGUCAGACGGAGAAAAUGUGUGAGUUUUGAUCUGACGAGGGAUCAGAACGGACCUGUUAACAGAUCGAAUAAAGGUCGACCCGCAGAGGACCGCGAUUCAGAUGAGGUAGCAGCUCUGAGGGAGCUGGUGGAGGACCUUCGCUCGGCGCUGCAGGGGAGCGACGCUCGCUGCUUGGCCCUGGAGGUGGCACUCCGACGGGAGAAGAGCCGUAGCCUCCGUUCCACGCCCGCCGUCAGCUCCACAAUUUCAACUCAACCCACGACUUCCAUCACCCUCAUACAGGGGAAACUGGUACCAACCCACAGAAUUAAAGGACAGUGCAGUGGCACCGGAGGAGAAGGCCUGAGGAGGGCCGUGAGGAGACGGGACAUCAGGGACCCCCUUGUGAGAGAGCUGAAGCUGAUCCGCUCCUCACGUGAUGGGCAGCUGGAUGAGGCCAUCAAAUUCAAUGGGCGUCUGGAGGAGGAGCUGCGAUGGGCGUACCAGGAGGUGUGCAGGCUCCAGGGGGUGGAGUCUGCACUGAGGAAGGAGAACGCUCACAUCAGGAGGCGGGCGGAGGAGGCCAGGGAGGCUCUGAGCGUGGGGCUUCAGAGGGUUCGGAUGAUCCAGGAGGAGGCCCAGUCUGUGCCGCAGCUCCAGUCCAGGAUCACCCAGUUGGAGAGUGAACUGCACCAGUACAGAUCCCGCUGCACCUGCAUCCCUGACCCCACAAAUCAACAAAUUUACCCAAUCGGAUCAGAAGACGCCUGCAGCAAGACAGACGCAGAGUAUUUGCAGAGAGCAGUGGAGGGGAGAGCUGCCUCUGAUGAAGAGGAGGAGGACAGGGAGAUGAGGGAGGAAGGACAGUGCGGCCUGGCGGAGGCGAAGAAGCACGUCAGCCGACUGCACGGCUGUGGCAAAGGGUGCCAGAACCACGUGGUCCCCCAACUUCCCUCUCAAAGUCACCCGUAUGAUAAAAGCCUCAGUAGUGCUUUUAAGGACAGCAGGGGGCGCUGCAGCUGGGAGGGACAAAACCAAGAGCAGCCAGAGGGAAGCAGGGGGUCUGAAAAGGAAAAGAGGCCUGAGAAUGUGGAAGACAAGACAGGACUGGAGGAGAAAGGACAGACACGUCUGUCUUUGCUGGAGGAGAAACUCACAGAUGCCCUCACACUGCUGCUGCAGCUACGCAGCAAGAACGUGUCCCGCAGGGCCCUGGGGAAGAUCGUGAUGGAUACUCUGGAUAUGUGCAGUAGGAGCGGAGACGGUCUGUCUCACGUCCUGCAGGUAGCUGACGCCCUCUGUGUCCGGCUGUCCUCCAGGGAUCUCCUUGGAAACGGAGGGGAUGAUGGAGCAGGAGAGAAACACCUGGUUCCAUCUUCAGGCUGUCAGACCAGCAGCAUCAACCCUCUGCUCAUCUCCUGUUAAAUAAGCUACUGCUGUGCUUCUUAUGCAUCCACUUUAUCCUUUUCCUCUAUUUUGUCUCGUUUCUCACUUGUGUAUCCAAGAUUUUGAGACUGAUUCAGUGUAUUUAAAAAUUAAUUUUAUUUACUUUAAUCAACCUUUUUGAAGAAGCCAUAUUUUGUAUCUAUUUAAUUUUGAUGAAUAAAUAUCACU